AUGGCUACUGUCGACGGUACUCCCAUCCCUCCAAACGCCCAGGCCAAGGUUAACGGCAUCGUCGAGCAAGACGCCGCCAAGGGUGUCCCCGUAUACAACUUCGACCCGGAUGCGCCUCCGCAAGAGAAGGCUGCCGCGGCGAACAAGAACAAGCAGAAACUAGGCCUCGAGAACAACGAUGUCAAGACCGAUGCCCAAGAGAUAUCGGUCGACACGGGCAAUGGGGGUAGCGUGCUUCCCACUAUCACAGUCGAGGAUGUGGACAAGGGUGGUCGCGACAAGAAGCCCACGCCGCAGCCCGUGAAUACCGAGAAAGCGAACGAGAAACGUCCGGACCAACCUGUAUCGCCUACCUGGCCUGUCAGCCCAACGUCACCAACUGGUCCCGAGACCCAGGUACCAGGGGCUAUGCCUGCCAGACCUGCGCCCGAGAUACCUGACUGGUACAAGGUGGGGUGGCGGGACGUAUCCGGCAUCGACAUUGCUCCGGCAGCGGAAGGCGACGCCAAGGACAAGGAAAUUCUCAACCUGUUCAUCAGCGAGCAGUUCUAUGGAGAAUGGUAUCACAACGCUGCACUGAUCGUUGUAGCCGUGCUCGUGACACAUUUCCUGACGCGCUUCAACUUCGGCAUGGGCUGGGUGCUCAUCAUCCUAGCGUUCUGCAACACUUACUACUCGACGUCUAUGACCCGCACGCGGCGGGCGGCGCGCGAUGACAUUCAGCGCGAACUCGUGAAGACGCGCUUCAGUGCAGAGGACGAGGUCGAAUCCGCGGAGUGGAUGAACAGCUUCCUAGCGCGUUUCUGGUUGAUCUACGAACCCGUCUUAUCCCGUACUAUCGUCGCGUCCGUCGACCAGGUCCUUUCGCAGAACUGCCCUCCGUUCCUCGAGUCGCUGCGUAUGAGCACCUUCACGCUCGGCACGAAGGCGCCACGCGUGGACAAGGUGAAGACGUUCCCGCGCACGGAGGACGACGUCGUCCUCAUGGAAUGGUGGUUCUCGUUCACUCCGAAUGACACUUCCGAGAUGACCAAGAAGCAGAAGUUGUCGAGGGUCAACCCGAAGGUCAUCUUGAGCGUUCGCCUCGGAAAGGGCUUUGCGAGCGCGGCGAUGCCGGUCCUCCUCGAGGACAUGACGUUUUCCGGACACUUGAAGGUCCGCAUGAAGUUGAUGACCAACUUCCCGCAUGUGCAGCUGGUCGACCUGUCUUUCAUGGAGAAGCCCUACUUUGACUAUGCGUUGAAGCCGCUCGGUGGUGAAACGUUCGGUUUCGACGUCAACAACAUCCCCGGCUUGUCAGCGUUCAUUCGUGACACAGUCCACAGUAUUCUUGGCCCUAUGAUGUACGACCCCAACGUCUUCACGCUCAACCUCGAGCAGAUGCUCUCGGGCGAGCCCAUCGACACGGCCAUUGGUGUGCUCCAAGUCACCGUCCAAGGUGCGCGCGACCUGAAGGGCUCGAAGCUCGGCGGAGGUCGUCCCGACCCCUUCGUCAGUCUGAGCAUCAACGAGCGCGCCGAGCUCGCAAAGACUAAGUGGAAGGCUAACACGGUGAACCCGACGUGGAUGGAGACCAAGUUCUUGCUGGUCAAUUCACUCACGGAGAACCUGAUGUUACGGGUGUUGGAUUACAACGACCAUCGUGCGAACACGGACCUCGGAUUUGCGACGUUCGACCUGCAGGCGCUGGAGCAGGAUGCCACCCAGGAGAAUAUCGAGCUGCAGAUCCUCAAGGAAGGCAAGGAGCGCGGUACUAUCAGGUUUGAUGUCAACUUCUACCCUGUGCUCAAACCUGAGAAGGACGCUGGCGGUAUUGAGACCCUCCCGGACACGAAGGUUGGAAUUGUCCGUCUCACCGUGCACCAGGCCAAAGACCUCGACUCGAACAAGUCCAUGACUGGCGAACUCAACCCCUUCGUGAAGCUGUACACAGCAUCGGCACCCAACCACCCGAUUCACGUGACGCGCAAGGUCAAGCACACGAACAACCCCGUCUGGGAGGACAGCACCGAGUUCCUCUGCACGGACAAGGCGUCGAGCGUGAUCAUCGCCAAGGUCAUCGACGACCGCGACUUCCUCAAGGACCCCGUCGUCGGGUACAUGUCCAUCCGGCUCACCGACCUGCUCGCCGCGAAGCAGACCGGGAAGGACUGGUGGCCGCUCAGCCGGGCGCGCAGCGGGAAGAUCAGGCUCAGCGCGGAGUGGAAGCCGCUUAACAUGGCGGGCAGCCUGCACGGCGCGGACCAGUACGUGCCGCCGAUCGGCGUGGUGCGCCUUUGGCUCCAGCGCGCGAGGGACGUCAAGAACGUCGAAGCGGCGCUUGGUGGCAAGAGCGAUCCGUACGUGCGCGUGCAAAUCAACAACGUCACUCAAGGACGGACGGAAGUAGUCAAUAACAACUUGAACCCGGAGUGGGACCAGAUCAUCUACAUUCCUGUGCAUUCCCUGAAAGAAACUAUGCUGCUCGAAUGCAUGGACUACCAGCACCUCACGAAGGAUCGUUCCCUCGGGUAUACCGAGCUCAAGGUUUCCGACCUCGCUAAGCCAAUUGAAGGCGGCAGCGGCGAGUUCCUGUACGAGUCCACUGGUGUCAAGGAGGCGGAGGACGCGAUCAAGAUCGGCAACAACUCGUUCAAGGGCAAACUCGUCUACACCGCUGAAUUCGUCCCCGCCUACGCCGUCCGCGGCAUUCACUUCGAGUCCGGACCUACCGAGCUCGAACAAGCCGCAGAACGGACGAAGGCAGGCUCUCCCGACAGCUCUAUGGGAGGCACCGUGGUAGGCGACGCGGAGGAGGACGAGGAGAUUGAUCCCGAGAUUGCUGGCGCCGGCGUCACCGCCAGCGCGCCUGUCGACGCGGAUGCGCAAACCAACGGCGCUGCCCCUGGCAAUAACGAGACGAACUCUGUCGGUGCCACAUCGUCUGCGGGGGCCACGGCUGUGGAGGACGAGAAGCGUCCGGAGCAGCAGGGUAUUGAAAUGAGCAAGGCGGAGCUGCUCCAGCACCAGGCGGGCGUUGUCAUCUUCAACGUGGUCCGCGGACAUCUGCACAAGAAGGCGCGGCUCGAGGUUUUGCUCGACGAUGCUUACUGGCCGGCCUUCAGCACCGUCCGCGCGCGCAGCACCAACGCCCAGUGGGAAUAUAUCGGAGAGGGUGUCGUCAAGGAGCUCGACUUCAGCCGCGUUUGGCUGCGUCUCAACGACGCCGACGAGGGUGACAAGGACGACGUCAUCGCCCAGUGGAAGGGUGACACGAAGGCGUUCUUGGAAAAGACCUUGGAUGGCCCCACCGAGUUCACGCUCUUGCACCCUGACGAUGAGGACAAGCGGUCUGUCGUUACGAUCGAGGCGAGGUACUUGCCUGUGCCCAUCAAGCUAGAGCCUAGGGAAAGUGUUAACAAUCAGGGCAACGUUCGGGUCGAGCUCCUGGACGGCCACGGUAUCCACGGUGUUGAUCGUGGUGGCAAGUCUGACCCCUUCGUCGUCUUCCACCUCAACGGCCAGCGCGUCUACAAGUCGCAGACUAAGAAGAAGACACUGAAUCCUGAGUGGAACGAGAGCUUUACUGUGCAAGUGCCAUCGCGCACAGGCUCAAACUUCUUGCUGGAGGUGUUCGAUUGGAACCAAAUCGAACAAGCGAAGAGCCUGGGAUCAUGCGAGAUUGACCUGGCGAGCCUCGAGCCGUUCACUGCUGUCGAGCGAACCGUAUCGCUUUCAUCUGCGAAGCAUGGCGACAAGGGCGAGGUUCGCCUGCGUCUGCUGUUCACACCGGAAAUCAUCGCGAAGGCACGCAAGAACACCUCUACGUUCUCCACCGCGGGUCGUGCCCUGACACAGAUCGGCCAUAUCCCCACGGGUGCUGGCAAGGGUGUGAUUCACGGCGUCACUGGCGUUUUCAAGCGACGAAACAGCCAGAGCUCGGGCUCGUCAAACGAGGUUUCCGAACUACCUGCUGGAGUCGUGUCGAAGCCUGUUGACUACGCAGACCCUGGUGCAUCGGCGGCAGCUUUCCCUGCAGCAGCGGCAGCGAACGGCCAUGGUCAGAACCAAGAACCAGGCACCCUCCGGGUUGUUGUCAAGGACGCCAAGGACCUUUCCACUGCCGAGAUUAAGCCUUAUGUUGUCUUGCGUGUCGGUGAUAAGGAGCAGAAGACGAAGCACAGUAGCAAGACUUCUACUCCGGAAUGGAACGAGUCGUUCGCCUUCUCCGCCGCGCCCAACACGCAGCCCAAACUCUUUGCGUGGGUGUACGACCACAAAACGCUUGGAAAGGACAAGCUGCUUGGUUCCGCCGAGAUUGACAUCUGGCAACACUUGAAACCAGGCGACGUCGUCCCAGCCUCCGACCUCUCAGUGGAGCUGCGCGAAGGCCAGGGUCAUCUGCAACUGCGACUUGAGUACGACGCGGACACGCCGCUCUCCAACCGCGCCUCUCGCAAAUCUCUCCACUCUCUCUACGACGAGAAGGCCCCCGCAGUGUCUCCUUCACGAUUCUCAUUAAGUGGCAGGCGGCGCGCCGCUGAUCGGGACGAUUGAAAUGCACGAACUGAGCACACGACUACGAUCUAUGAUAUUGUUUGACCGCGUCCCGGACGGUAAUCCAUCUACGCCAUGACACUCCAUCCUAGUCUUAGUUUUUGUCCCUCUACUUCCUUGUAUAUAGUCUUGUCUAGCCUUAGUCCAAUAUCAUCAUUUAAC